AUGUCGUGUUUAUCAACCACAUUUUUAGCAGCCGUAUUCUUUUCUGCGCAGGCUUUUGGAAAAACCGUAACGGGACUUUUUAAGACCGAAGUAGCGCGGCAGCAUAAAGGCCAAUUCAUCACUAAAUUUAUGUAUCAAGGUGAUGAUGGUUUAUUGGUCUGUCAACUGGACAACCCAUCACUUGCUGCAGAGAAGGAAUCCCGACUGCUGCUUUAUCCAAAUGUUGACGAGAUUUGGGACAACCUCAGCUGCUCUGAAAGGCUCACCAGUGCUCACUUCACCAUUUCUCUCAGUCAAGAAGAACACAACCAGACGAUUCCGCAGCAGUCGUCGCCGACAGUGUGGCAUGCUCUCUAUGCAGACCGAUACACAUGCCAGGAUGGUACAGUGAUUCCCUCUCAUGGUGACCUCACGUUUACUGUUCUGCUGUUUAAUGCUGAUUCUGCUGGUAACCCCCUGGAGCAUUUUAGUGCCGAGGAGGCAGGUCUCCACACGUUUUACUUCCUCCUGCUACUUGCCUAUUUUGUAGCUUCCUGUAUCUAUAUUAAACCACUCUACCAGGCUCUGAAAAAAGGUGGUCCCAUGCACACAGCCCUGAAGGUACUGACCUCGAGUAUGGCUUUGCAGGGCUGCUCAGCCCUUUGUAACUACAUUCACAUGGCCAGAUAUUCCAGAGACGGCAUCGGUAUUCCAUUGAUGGGCAGCCUGGCACAGUUGUGGGCUAUGGCAGCUCAAGUGUCGAUGUUGUACACAUUACUAAGUCUGUGUGUGAGCUGGUCUCUGAGUCGUGGCCGAAAACAUCAGUCCCGACCUCUCCAGUGGGAACAGUCUCCAGCAUCUACUGCGGUCGCCGUCUGUGGAGUCGUCGUGCAGGGUGUGCUUCUGCUGUGGGAGCACUAUUCUGUUUCUGAGAGCCAACAUAAUAGCUGUCAGAGUCUGGCGGGCAUUCUCCUCAUCGUUCUGAGGGUGAUGCUUGCUAUCCUGUUGGCCUCCGUGCUCUACCAGAUCAUCUCCACCGAGAGAAGCACUCUGAAAAGAGACUUCUACCUCUGCUUUGCCAAGGGAUGCUUCCUGUGGUUUCUCUGUCAUCCUGUCCUUGUCCUCACUUCUGUCAUCUUUAAUGAGCACCAGAGAGAAAAAGUGGUCACCAUUGGUGUAUUUCUGUGUCAGUCCAUCUCCAUGGUGAUCCUCUACCAGCUUUUUCUGUCUCGUUCUCUUUACUGGGAGGUCUCCUCGCUCUCCUCGGUUUCUCUGCCGCUCACAAUGUCUAGGAACAACCAGAGGGGUCGCUACUGA